GAGAGAUUUUACAGGAACAAAGACUCAAAGUGAAAAGACUAAAUGGCUUCCAGAUUAGAGGAAGAUCUCUGCUGUCCUGUCUGCCAUGAAGUCUUUAAAGAUCCUGUCGUUCUGUCGUGCAGCCACAGCUUCUGUAAAGACUGUCUGCAGAGCUGGUGGACAGAGAAACCAGUCAAGGAGUGUCCAGUUUGUAAGAGAAGAUCUCCAAAGUCAGAACCAGCUUGUAACCUGGUGUUGAAGAACCUGUGUGAGGCCUUUUUACUGGAGAGAGAUCAGAGGGUUUCAGAGUCUCUCUGCAGUCUGCACUCUGAGAAACUCAAACUCUUCUGUCUGGACCAUCAGCAGCCGGUGUGUCUCAUCUGUCUGCAUUCAGAAACACACUCCAACCACAGAUUCAAACCCGUCAACGAAGCUGCACGACAACACAGGAAGAAACUCCAGGAAACUCUGGAGCCCUUAAAGGAGAAGUUAGAGGUUUUUGAAGAAGUUAAAGUGAAGUGUAAUCAAAGAGCAAAACACCUGAAGGUCCAGGCUCGACGCACAGAGACGCGGAUUAAGGAUCAGUUUAAGAAGCUUCACCAGUUUCUAGAAGAGGAAGAGGAGGCCAGGUUGGCUGCACUGAGGGAGGAAGAGGAGCAGAAGAGUCAGAGGAUGAAGGAGAAGAUGGAGGCUCUGAACAGAGAGAUAGCAGCUCUUUCAGACACAGUCAGAGCCACAGAGGAGCAGCUGGGAGCUGAAGACGUCUCAUUCCUGAUCAACUACAAGGCUGCAGUGGAAAGAGUCCAGCAGAGCCCCCUGCUGGAUGAACCACAGCUGCUCUCAGGAGCUCUGAUAGACGAGGCCAAACACCUGGGCAACCUGAGCUUCAACAUCUGGAACAAGAUCAAGGACAUGGUCUCCUACUCUCCAGUUAUUCUGGACCCAAACACUGCUUAUGCAUAUCUCUUCCUGUCUGAAGAUCUGACCAGUGUGAGACUAGGAGAGACACAGCAGCUUCCUGAUAAUCCAGAGAGGAUGGAUGACCCUGACUACUACUCUGUCCUGGGCUCUGAGGGCUUUAACUCAGGGACUCACAGCUGGGAUGCCGAGGCUGGAGACAGUGAACACUGGUCACUGGGUGUGAUAGCAGAGUCUGUCCAGAGGAAGGGAAUCAUACAGUCUGGAUCAUGGAGACUGUGUUUCUAUGAAGGUAAAUACUCAGCCGAGUCACCAUCAGAUCCACGCACUGAUCUCUCAUUUGAGAAGCAGCUCCAGAGGAUCCGAGUGACUCUGGACUGGAACAGAAGAAAGCUGUCGUUCUCUGAUCCUGAUACUGACACACAUAUACACACCUUCACACACACUUUCACUGAGAGGCUGUUUCCAUACUUUGCCACUUGUGAUAAACUCAUAAUUUCACCAAUUAAGGUCUGUGUGACUGUAAAACAGAAAUAGAUGAUGAUGAACAUCUAUCAGUGUAUUUCAAGAUGUGAUGAAGUCUUUAAGGAACAUGUCAUUAUGUUGUUUUGAUGAGGAGGUUGAUCUAAGAGGGUGAAUUGGUGAAGGGGUGAUCCCGGGCCAGCACCCAAUAUGUUAGGACCGGCUACAACAAACAAAGACAAUGGGGUGUGGAAUCAUCAAUUAGUUCAGUUUAGGGGUUUCAAGAUUCUCCAAAUUCACAAAUCGAUUCAAUUUAAACUUCUUUUUUUUUUAACAGGGAGGGCAAUGCC